AUGGCGGGCGGGAGGCGGCGGGGCGGUGGGCGGCGUGGGGGACCCCGGCAGCACCCGCGGGCCCACGAACCGGCCCCCUCGCCUGCACCCCUCUCUCUCGCAGCUGCCAUGGCCCAGCGAAACACAGGCGCUGCCCCCAAAACCGGCCACCCCAAGAAGCCCACGGAGGAGCCAGCAGCGAGGGCACCCGACGUGGACUCGCUGGGCUUCCAGGCCAUGGACCGCAACGUGCCGGGACUGUCCCACGUCAUCCUCCAGAAGCUCAACAUGAAGAGCUACGAGGACUACAAGUCUGCCAUGGAUGGGAGGAAGAGCGGCAGCGAUUUCGGCAUCCGGACUUACUUCGACAUGUUCCAGAAGAUGGAGGACACCUUCAAGUUUUGCGCCGAGUGUAAGAAGCUCCCCGAUGCCCUCCCCGACCCCAAAAGCCUCCGGCGAUGCAAGAGGUGCCAGAACGUGUACUACUGCGGCAUGGCGUGCCAGCGUGCCAACUGGCCGCUGCACAAGAAGUUCUGCAAGAAGCUGAAGCUGGUGGCCCUGGAUCGGCUGGUGGAGUGGCUCGUCUUCACAGGAGACAUCCCCUUCCCCACGGAGACCUGGACAAAACCCGCCCGGGAUGUGGAGGGCUGGGAGGACUGGUUUUCCAUGCAGGAGCGGCUGGAGGAGAAGCUGGGUGCCAUCCUGGCCGGGCGGUACAUGACCCUCCUGUGGGCUAAUGCCGGGAAGCCCCGGCCGGAGGACGGGGAGCUGCGUGAAUCCGUCCGGCGGCUGGUCACCGACUUCCACUCGCGGCCGCUCACCAUCGGCUUGGGGCUGCGGCUUUUCGGCAUCGACCCCCUCGCCAAGGCCCUCACCGUGCAUGUGGUGGGGGCGUCCCACGUCGAGACCCUCAACAGCCGGCUGACAGACUACGACGAGCUGACGCGGAUGUUCCCGGGACACCGGGGCAUGGAGGUGGUGAUGGUGGGGGUGGACGUGGUCGAUGGACCCAUCAUGAGACCACCCCUGGCCACGCCGGCGCCCCGGGGAAGGGUCUAUCUCAGCAGCUACAAGGGGCUCUACCACGACUUCUGGGAAAGCCAUGUGGAGACCAAGCUGGCUGCCCGCCCCGACCUGGUGGUGGGCUUUCACCCGGGUUUCCAUGCCUGCCCGGACCUGCUGGCGGGCUGGCUGCCCACCCUGCUGCUGCUGCGGGACUACCGCCUGCCCGUCCUCUUCACCGUCUACAGCGAGCAGGAGCUGAAGUCCUCCCUGCAGAUCCUGGUGGAGCUUGAGACGCACAUCAUGAGCUAUGCCGCCAACCCCUUUGCCUCGCUCCGGCCCGAGCAGGUCUACUCCAGCCCCAACAAGGCGCCUGUCUACUGCAGCUCCUACUACAUCGCCCUCCUGGGGCCGGCGACAUCGGCUGUGCCGGGUGCCGAGGAGCUGGAAGACGGUGAUGGCUGGCAGGGAGGGGAGCCCAGUGCUGCCGGUGCGGCUGGGGGCAUCACCCCAGGGCUGGGCUGAGCCUGUGCAGUCAGCGCCGUCCUGCCUGCCCUGCCCGCCCGACCCCCAGCCCCUCGCUGCCCCGCCACACGACCCCGUCUCCCCGUCCUGGAAUCGGCGAUCCAGCCAUCCUUCGCCGCACACAUCCAGUCCCAGGGGACGCAGCACCCCGGCACAGGCAUGGCACCCCUCUAUAGUGCCAAAUAAACCACCACCGGCAGC